CAUCAGGUCUCGGCUCUGUGUGUGUGUGACUAACAAGGAGUCUCCCGGCGACCCCACGACUCAUCACUCCUUCACCGCCUUCGUCAACGUCUGCAAUGAGGAUAUUAGGCCUCUGUUUCAUAACGCUUCUGGGGCUGGCCUUGGCUUCGUCUCAGAAAAAGGACAACUAUGACUUCGGCUUCAACGCUGGCUCACACUUCCGCCAGGAAGAGAAGGGUGCUGAUGGUAUGACGAGGGGAGAGUAUGGGUUCCGUACCCCAGAUGGUUGCAUGCACAUUGUCAGCUACGAGGCUGAUCAAGUCGGCGGCUACCGGGUCCUCGGUUCCUCUAAGAGAGACUGUGUUUAUGCAGUAACUCGUCGACCAAUUAUUACAACCAGACGACCAAUCACGACUACCAGACGACCAAUCACGACUACCAGACGACCAAUCACGACUACCAGACGACCAAUCAAGACUACCAGACGACCAAUCACGACUACCAGACGACCAAUCACGACUACCAGACGAGCAAUCACGACUACCAGACGACCAAUCACGACUACCAGACGACCAAUCACGACAACCAGACGACCAUUCACAACUAGACGACCGCCGACUACCAGACGACCACUUACGACACCUUUCAUAAGCUUCAUCCCAGUCACCAGCCCGAGACCCCGUGACCCGCUCUUGGUGCCCGAGGUGCCACUGGUCGUAGACAACACCAUCGUAGUCGAUAACUCCCAGGGAAGGCAGCUCAGUUCCCCCAACCAGACCACCCAGCGGCCCACAGUCACCACCACCACUGCCAAGCCAGAGAAGAAACCUGAACCCCUCUACUCCUUUGGCUUCACAACCCCAACUCACGGGCACACUGAGACAGGCCUCCCCGAUGGCUCCAAGAAAGGAGAGUAUUACUGGGACGCCCCCGAUGGAUGGCGACGCAUCGUGACCUACGAAGCCAACGAGCGAGGAUUUUUCCCCAAGAUGCGGCGUGUGAGGAUCCCCACCACCACCCCCGUCCCUCCUUCAACCACUACUGAAGAAGGGCCCAUAGACAACCCUAAGCUGGGCAAGGAUCUGGAUGAUGAUAUUCCCACCCCUCGAGGCGGCUGUCCCUACUACUUCUACUACAACACCAGGAUCAACUACCACUGGGAACACUGCUACAUGAACAAUACUAAGGUGGGAGAAUUUGGCAACCUGGGAUCAGACGGUUACGCCCACAAGAACGCUUACUAUGCAGAUGCCACCGGCUUCCAUCCCACACUGAGCAGGACGCCCCUCAAUGAAGACCAGAAGAACGUUGUGGCCGACUACACCGAAGGCGUCUUCAUCGUACCUAAGCCUGACGAGGAGCGGCGAGAGACAGAGAAGAGGAUCUUGGCGUGGCUGGCGGAGAACAGGGAACGCAUCCAGAAUCCUCUCCGGUGAACCUUGCCUCUUGCUGUCACCUCAUACCCACACACCUUUUUACAACACAGCUAACCAGAUGCCAGGAUGGUCCUCAAUACAUUGUUAGUUUGUCUCUAAUGUACAGUAUAGAGGACCAUACGGCAUUUUUUCCCCCUUAUGUUGAUUGUCCUGACCUGCCUGUGAUCUAGGGACACUGUUAUGAGUAAGACCUUGUUAGCAACAGCACCUACAUCACCACAGACCACGUACAGUACAGUACUGUAUCGCCUCAGAGAUUUAACGACUAUAUCUUUACAUAAAUUGUUUUGUGUAAAUAUAUUCCUGCCCACCUUCA